AUGGGUAAAGGACUCAAGAAGCACCAAAAGCGCCUCAGUGCGCCAUCACAUUGGCUUCUCGACAAGCUCUCCGGUGCCUACGCUCCACGAGCAUCCCCAGGUCCUCACAAGCUCCGCGACUGCAUGCCCCUGAUUGUCUUCAUCCGCAACCGUCUAAAGUAUGCGCUCAACGCCCGCGAGACAAAAGCCAUCGUCAUGCAGCGCUUGAUCAAGGUUGAUGGCAAGGUCCGAACCGACGCCACCUACCCAGCAGGCUUCAUGGAUGUCAUCUCCAUCGAGAAGACCGGCGAGCACUUCCGACUUGUCUACGACACCAAGGGCCGCUUCACCGUGCACCGCAUCCAAACAGAGGAGGCUGAGUACAAGCUCGGAAAGGUCAAGAGAGUCCAGCUGGGCAAGGGCGGAAUCCCAUACCUGGUCACCCACGACGCUAGAACUAUCCGUUACCCUGAUCCAGCCAUCAAGGUUAACGACACCGUCAAGAUUGAUUUGGCCACUGGCAAGAUCACCGAUUUCAUCAAGUUCGACACUGGUGUCAUUGCUAUGGCCACCGGAGGUCGUAACAUGGGUCGUGUUGGUGUCAUCACUCACCGCGAGCGCCACGAUGGAGGAUUCAACAUUGUGCACAUCAAGGAUGCCAUAGACAACUCUUUCGCUACCCGUGAGAACAACGUCUUCGUCAUUGGAUCUGAGAAGCCAUGGAUCUCCCUGCCCAAGGGCAAGGGUGUCAAGCUUUCCAUUGCCGAGGAGAGAGACCGCCGACGCGCCCACGCCAUUGCCUCAAGCUAG